UUGUUCCCAUCAAACUGAUGCAGAGACAAAGAUGGCCAGCAGUGCCAGCAGCAGUGAGACGAUAAUUAGCUUGAAGCUCCUCGUAGAUAAAAGCUCAAACAAGGUGGUGUUUGCAGAGGCCGGAAAGGAAUUCGUGGACUUCCUCUUCGGACUUUUACAGGUACCUGUCGGUUCCAUCAUCGGACUUCUACGGGAUAAUGACUUGGCACCUGGGUCAGGGUCCCUGGGCAGAGUCCAUGAGAGUAUCCAAAACCUUGACCCCUCCUACCUUCUUCCAAACCUAACCAAGGGUUCUCUCUUGAACCCUAAAUCAGCAUUCCUAUCUUCAACUCUUACCCCUCCAUUGCUGCAAAAGUUCGUUUCACCUAACCCAGAGAUCAUGCCUAACCCCUGGCGGGGGGGUAUUGUUUUUCCGACUACCACGGGUCAUGUUACUAGCAUACCAUAUGAAAACACUACUGAGAAAGGGUACGUUAGAGGUGUGGUGACAUACAUGGUGAUGGAUGAUUUGACGGUGAAACCCAUGUCAACCAUUUCUAGCAUUACCCUUCUCAACACUUUAAACAUCAAAGACGUGAGUUCUGUCCAGGAGAAGAAGGUGGAGAUUGAUAUUAAGAAGGGCUUGGAGCUGAUGCAGUUUUCACUCUAUUCCACCACAGUCCUGACAGACGUUUUCCUUGGGCACAGGGAGUAAUCUUUCAAGCCAAUCCGAAGAAACAUGACUAUUUAGUAUGGGUAUUGUGUAAAAGUAUUUUGCAAGGGAAAUUCUUCAACCAUGAUUUAAAUGGUUUUGGGAAGAAGAACAAGAAUUUCUGGGUUGUAUGUAUGUAACCAUAUCUGGGUUUUAGUAAAGAUCAGAGCCAUAUAUAUUUCCUUUGA